UGUGCGGGACGGGGCACGGACAGACGGACAGAGCCCAUGCGGACCCCUAACUGAGCUUCAUCCCCCCGCCCCCUCCUCCUCCUCCCCUUCCUCCUCCUCCUCUCCCUGGCUCCCUUCCUGCCCAGCACAUGUAAAAGUUGUGCGUGGGGCUCCGCUCCCGUCCCGCUCCCGGUGCUGCCGGCGGCAGGAGCCGGGCUGGGAUCACCCCCACCGCGGAGCAGGGACCCCCCGGAGCAGGGACCCCCCCGGGUCCCCUCGCCCAUGCUGGAUUUCGGCCCGGGAAGGUGACUGCGGGAGGAAGCGGCGCCGCGCCGGGUCGGGGUAACCAUGAAUGAGAUGUCGAGUUUCCUGCACAUCGGGGACAUCGUCUCCCUGUACGCCGAGGGCUCCGUCAAUGGCUUCAUCAGCACCCUGGGGCUGGUGGACGAUCGGUGCGUGGUGGAACCGGCUGCUGGGGACCUGGACAACCCCCCCAAGAAGUUUCGAGAUUGCCUCUUCAAAGUGUGCCCCAUGAACCGCUACUCCGCCCAGAAGCAGUACUGGAAGGCCAAGCAGACCAAGCAGGACAAGGACAAGAUUGCAGAUGUGGUGCUGCUGCAGAAGCUCCAGCACGCGGCCCAGAUGGAGCAGAAGCAGAACGAGACGGAGAACAAGAAGGUGCACGGGGACGUGGUGAAGUAUGGCAGCGUCAUCCAGCUCCUGCACAUGAAGAGCAACAAGUACCUGACGGUGAACAAGCGGCUGCCGGCGCUGCUGGAGAAGAACGCCAUGCGGGUCACGCUGGAUGCCACCGGCAACGAGGGCUCCUGGCUCUUCAUCCAGCCCUUCUGGAAGCUGAGGAGCAACGGGGAUAACGUAGUCGUGGGAGACAAAGUCAUCCUGAACCCUGUCAACGCCGGGCAGCCUCUGCACGCCAGCAACUACGAGCUUGCUGACAACGCUGGCUGCAAGGAGGUGAACUCUGUCAAUUGUAACACCAGCUGGAAAAUCAACCUGUUCAUGCAGUUCUGCGACCACAUGGAGGAAGUGCUGAAAGGGGGGGACGUGGUGAGGCUGUUCCACGCCGAGCAGGAGAAGUUCCUCACCUGUGAUGAGUACAAGGGCAAGCUGCACGUCUUCCUCCGCACCACCCUGAGGCAAUCAGCCACCUCGGCCACCAGCUCCAACGCCCUGUGGGAGGUGGAGGUGGUCCACCACGACCCGUGCCGAGGGGGAGCCGGGCACUGGAACGGCUUGUACCGCUUCAAGCACCUCGCCACGGGCAACUACCUGGCAGCAGAGGAAAACCCAAGUUAUAAAGGAGACGUGGCUGAGCCCAAAGCAGUGCCCACGGGGAGCAGCAGCCGCGCCAGCCGCAGGAACACGGGCGAGAAGAUCAAGUACCGGCUGGUGGCCGUGCCCCACGGCAACGACAUCGCCUCCCUCUUCGAGCUGGACCCCACCACGCUGCAGAAGACGGACUCCUUCGUCCCACGGAACUCCUACGUGAGGCUGCGCCACCUCUGCACCAACACCUGGAUCCAGAGCACCAACGUGCCCAUUGACAUCGACGAGGAGAGACCCAUCCGCCUCAUGCUGGGCACGUGCCCCACCAAGGAAGACAAAGAAGCUUUUGCCAUCGUCUCUGUGCCUGUGUCUGAGAUCCGGGACCUGGACUUCGCUAACGACGCCAGCUCGAUGCUGGCCAACGUGGUGGAGAAGAUGAACGAAGGUUUCCUCAGCCAGAAUGACCGGAGGUUUGUGAUCCAGCUGUUGGAGGACUUGGUGUUCUUCGUCAGUGACGUCCCCAACAAUGGCCAGAACGUGCUGGACAUCGUGGUGACCAAGCCCAACCGGGAGCGGCAGAAGCUGAUGCGGGAGCAGAACAUCCUGAAGCAGAUCUUUGGGAUCCUGAAAGCCCCCUUCAAGGACAAGGGCGGGGAAGGGCCCCUGGUGAGGCUGGAGGAGCUGUCAGACCAGAAGAACGCUCCCUACCAGUACAUGUUCCGGCUGUGCUACCGCGUGCUGCGGCACUCCCAGGAGGACUAUCGCAAGAACCAGGAGCACAUUGCCAAGCAGUUCGGGAUGAUGCAGUCCCAGAUCGGGUACGACAUCCUGGCCGAGGACACCAUCACGGCCCUGCUGCACAACAACCGCAAGCUGCUGGAGAAGCACAUCACCAAGACCGAGGUGGAGACCUUCGUCAGCCUCGUGCGCAAGAACCGCGAGCCCCGGUUCCUGGACUACCUCUCGGACCUGUGCGUGUCCAACCACAUCGCCAUCCCCGUCACCCAGGAGCUGAUCUGCAAGUGUGUCCUGGACUCCAAGAACAGCGACAUCCUCAUCAAAACUGAGCUGAGGCCAGUGAAGGAGAUGUCCCAGUCCCACGAGUACCUGAGCAUCGAGUACUCAGAGGAGGAGGUCUGGCUCACCUGGACGGACAAGAACAACGACCACCACGAGAAAAGCAUCCGGCAGCUGGCACAGGAGGCCCGGGCUGGCAAUGCCCACGACGAGAAUGUCCUCAGCUACUACAGGUACCAGCUGAAGCUCUUUGCCCGCAUGUGCCUGGACCGCCAGUAUUUGGCCAUCAAGGAGAUCUCCCAGCAGCUGGGAGUGGACCUGAUCUUCCUCUGCAUGGCAGAUGAGAUGCUGCCCUUCGACCUGCGGGCGUCCUUCUGCCACCUCAUGCUGCACGUGCACGUGGACAGGGACCCCCAGGAGCUGGUGAUGCCCGUCAAGUUUGCACGGCUCUGGACCGAGAUCCCCACGGCCAUCACGAUCAAAGACUACGACUCGAACCUUAAUGUGUCGCGCGAUGACAAGAAGAACAAGUUUGCCAGCACCAUGGAGUUCGUGGAGGACUACCUCAACAACGUGGUGAGCGAGGCCGUGCCCUUCGCCAACGAGGAGAAGAACAAGCUCACCUUCGAGGUCGUCAGCCUUGCCCACAACCUCAUCUACUUCGGCUUCUACAGCUUCAGCGAGCUGCUGCGCCUGACACGGACCCUGCUGGGCAUCAUCGACUGCGUCCAGAACCCCCAGCUGAUGAUGCAGGCGGUCUACAACGACGAGGUGACGGGGAAGAACGUGCGGAGGUCGAUCCAGGGCGUGGGGCAGAUGAUGUCCACCAUGGUGCUGAGCAGGAAACAGUCCAUCUUCAGCCCCCCAAGCCUCAGUGCUGGGUCAGCCCCAGAGCAAGUGGACAGAGGGAGGAGCAUUGAGAACGAGAACAUUGUGGUGAUGGAGACCAAGCUGAAGAUCCUGGAGAUCUUGCAGUUCAUCCUGAACGUGCGGCUGGACUACAGGAUUUCCUACCUGCUCUCCGUCUUCAAGAAGGAGUUUGUGGAAGUUUACCCCAUGCAGGACAGUGCAGCCGACGGGACAGCUCCAGCCUUCGACUCCACAACUGCAGCCAUGAACCUGGACCGGAUCGGCGAGCACGCAGAGGCCAUGUUCGGUGUGGGGAAGUCGAGCAGCAUGUUGGAGGUGGAUGACGAGGGAGGGAGGAUGUUCCUGCGGGUGCUGAUCCACCUGACGAUGCACGACUACCCCCCGCUCAUCUCGGGCUCUCUGCAGCUCCUCUUCAAGCACUUCAGCCAGAGGCAGGAGGUCCUGCACACCUUCAAACAGGUUCAGCUCCUGAUCUCAGCCCAGGAUGUGGAGAACUACAAGGUGAUCAAGUCUGAGCUGGACAAACUCCGCACGAUGGUGGAGAAAUCGGAGCUCUGGGUGGACAAGAAGGGCAGCAGCAAAGGGGACAGCGCAGUGGAGGGGAACAAGAAGGAGAAGAAGGAGCACGCUGCCGAUGAGGAGGUCAUUGCUCCGGGAGAGAAGAGCAGCGAGAACUACCAGAUAGUCAAGGGGAUCCUGGAGCGGCUCAAUAAGAUGUGCGGGGUCGGGGAGCAGGUGCGCAAGAAGCAGCAGCGGCUGCUCAAGAACAUGGACGCCCACAAAGUGAUGCUGGACCUGCUGCAGAUCCCGUAUGAGAAGGGGGAUGCCAAGAUGAUGGAGAUCCUGAAGUUCACCCACCAAUUCCUGCAGAAGUUUUGUGCUGGCAAUCAGGAAAACCAGGCCCUGCUGCACAAACACCUCAACCUGUUCCUGACCCCAGGGCUGCUGGAGGCAGAGACGAUGCAGCACAUCUUCCUCAACAACUACCAACUCUGCUCGGAGAUCAACGAGACGGUGCCCCAGCACUUCAUCCACUGCGUGGCCACCCACGGCCGCCACGUCCAGUACCUCGACUUCCUGCACACCAUCAUCAAGGCCGAGGGCAAGUACGUCAAGAAGUGCCAGGACAUGAUCAUGACCGAGCUCACCAACGCCGGGGACGACGUGGUGGUUUUCUACAACGACAAGGCUUCCCUGGCCACCCUCCUGGAGAUGAUGACGGCAGCCAGGGAUGGGGUGGAGGAGAACAGUCCCCUGAUGUACCACAUCUCCCUGGUGGACCUGCUGGCUGCCUGUGCUGAGGGCAAGAACGUCUACACGGAGAUCAAGUGCACGUCCCUGCUGCCCCUGGAGGACGUGGUGCGGGUGGUGACACACGAGGAUUGCAUCACGGAGGUGAAGAUGGCCUACGUGAACUUUGUCAACCACUGCUACGUGGACACGGAGGUGGAGAUGAAGGAGAUCUACACCAGCAACCACAUCUGGACUCUGUUUGAGAACUUCACCCUGGACAUGGCCCAGAUGUGCAAGAAGCGAGAGAAGCGCCUGCCAGACGCCACGCUGGAGAAGUACGUGCUGACAGUGGUGCUGGACACCAUCAAUGCGUUCUUCAGCUCCCCCUUCUCGGAGAACAGCACCUCGCUGCAGACCCACCAGACCAUCGUGGUGCAGCUUCUCCAGUCCACCAUGAGGCUGCUGGAGUGUCCCUGGCUGCAGCAGCAGCACAAGAGCUCGGUGGAGUCCUGCAUCCGCACGCUGGCCAUGGUCGCCAAGAGCCGCUCCAUCGCGCUGCCCAUGGACCUGGACGCCCAUGUGAGCUCCCUGCUCAACAGCAGCUCCACCAGCACCGUGCAGAGGAACACCUCCAGCUACAAGACAGCCACACGCACCUUCCCCCGCGUCUCCACCACCCCCAACCAGUGGGACUACAAGAACAUCAUAGAGAAGCUGCAGGACAUCAUCACCGCGCUGGAGGAUCGCCUCAAGCCGCUGGUGGAGGCCGAGCUGUCCGUGCUGGUGGACGUCCUGCACCGGCCAGAGCUGCUCUUCAUGGAGGGGACGGAGGCGUUCCAGCGAUGCGAGAGCGGGGGAUUCCUGUCCAAGCUGGUGCAGCACACCAAGGACCUCAUGGAGACAGAGGAGAAGCUCUGCAUCAAGGUGCUGAGGACACUGCAGCAGAUGCUGGUGAAGAGGAACAAGUAUGGCGAGAGGGGCAACCUGCUGCGGAAAACACUCAUGAACAAUUACCUGCAGAACAAGAGGUCCAGCUCCAAAGGGGAGAUGGGGGAUGCUGCUGGGGGAGGCCAGGACCAGGACUGGUCUGCCAUCGCCGCUGUCCAGUGCCGGCUGGACCGGGAGGGGGCCACCAAGCUGGUGGCUGACCUCAUCAUGAACACCAAGAACGAGAAGAUCUUCCAGGAGAGCAUCCUGCUGGCCAUCCGGCUGCUGGACGGCGGCAACACCGAGAUCCAGAAAUCCUUUUACAACCUCAUGACGAGCGACAAGAAGUCUGAGAAGUUCUUUAAGGUUCUGCACGACCGGAUGAAGAAGGCGCAGCAGGAGACCAAGUCCACGGUGUCGGUGAACAUGAGUGACAUCGGGAACAAGCCUCGUGAGGACAAGGACGAGCCAGACCCUGGCACCAAAGGUAAGGGGAGUGUCCCCUCGGCAGGGGGGGCCCCUCUGACAGCCCGAUGCCGACCAGGAGAUUUCCCUCCAGGACGAGGAGACACCUUCCUGAUGCCCGGCACCCCCACGCGGUACCCGGUGGCCGUGGGGUUUCGGAAGGGCCACGACACGGGGGAGCAGGGCCAGAACAAUGAGAUGGGGGUGACGGUGCUGAUCAUGGAGCCCAUCCUGCGCUUCCUGCAGCUGCUCUGCGAGAACCACAACCGGGACCUGCAGAACUUCCUGCGGUGCCAGAACAACAAAACCAACUACAACCUGGUGUGUGAGACCCUGCAGUUCCUGGACAUCAUGUGUGGCAGCACCACGGGGGGCUUGGGGCUGCUGGGCCUCUACAUCAACGAGUACAACGUGGCCCUCAUCACCCAGACCCUGGAGACCCUGACCGAGUACUGCCAGGGGCCCUGCCACGAGAACCAGAGCUGCAUCGUGACCCACGAGUCCAACGGGAUCGACAUCAUCACAGCCCUCAUCCUGAACGACAUCAGCCCCCUCUGCAAGUACCGCAUGGACCUGGUGCUGCAGCUGAAGGACAAUGCCUCCAAGCUCCUCUUGGCCCUCAUGGAGAGCAGGCACGACAGCGAAAAUGCCGAGCGGAUCCUCAUCAGCCUCCGUCCACAGGAACUGGUGGAUGUGAUUAAGAAGGCUUAUCUGCAGGAGGAGGAGUGUGAGAACGCCGAGGUUUCCCCCCGGGAAGUUGGUCACAACAUUUAUAUCCUGGCACUGCAGCUUUCCCGACACAACAAGUCUCUGCAGCAGCUCCUGAAGCCAGUGAAGCGAAUCCAGGAGGAAGAGGAGGAGGGCAUCUCAUCCAUGCUCAGCCUCAACAACAAGCAGCUGUCGCAGAUGCUGAAGUCGACGGCCCCGGUGCAGGAGGAAGAGGAGGAUCCGCUGGCAUAUUAUGAGAAACACACGUCCCAGAUCGAGAUCGUGCGCCUGGACCGGAGCAUGGAGCAGAUCAUCUUCCCGGUGCCUGGAAUCUGUGAGUUCCUCACCAAGGAGACCAAGUACAGGCUGUUCACCACCACGGAGCAGGAUGAGCAGGGCAGCAAAGUCAGCGACUUCUUCGACCAGUCGUCCUUCCUGCACAACGAGAUGGAGUGGCAGAAGAAGCUGCGCAGCAUGCCGCUGAUGUACUGGUUCUCCCGCAGAAUGACGCUCUGGGGAAGCAUUUCCUUCAACCUGGCUGUCUUCAUCAACAUCAUCAUUGCUUUCUUCUACCCCUACGUGGAAGCCACUUCCAUGGGAGUGCUGGAUUCCCCGCUGAUCUCCCUGCUCUUCUGGAUCCUGAUCUGCUUCUCCAUCAUGGCUCUGUUCACCAAGCGCUACGGCGUCCGCCCGCUGCUCGUGGCGCUCAUCCUGCGCUCCAUCUACUACCUGGGCAUCGGGCUCACGCUCAACAUCCUGGGAGCCCUCAACCUGACCAACAAGAUCGUGUUCGUGGUGAGCUUCGUGGGCAACCGGGGCACCUUCAUCCGCGGGUACAAGGCCAUGAUCAUGGAUGUGGAGUUCCUGUACCACGUGGGCUACAUCGUGACCAGCGUCCUGGGGCUCUUCGUGCACGAGCUCUUCUACAGCAUCCUGUUGUUUGACUUGAUCUACCGUGAGGAGACCUUGUUUAAUGUCAUCAAAAGCGUGACGCGGAACGGCCGCUCCAUCCUGCUGACAGCCCUGCUGGCCCUCAUCCUCGUCUACCUCUUCUCCAUCGUGGGCUUCCUGUUCCUGAAGGAUGAUUUCAUCCUGGAGGUGGAUCGUCUGCCGGACAGCAAAGAUGAUCCCUUGGGGAUGCAAAGGAACAUGGAGACCUUCAUGGAAUCGUGCAGCAGUGACAAAGUCAGCUGCUCUACUGCGCCCACUGCCUUGGAAGAAGCUGAGCCCGAGCAGUGGGAGCGCGCCUGUGACACGCUGCUCAUGUGCAUCGUCACCGUGCUGAACCACGGGCUGCGGAACGGCGGCGGCGUCGGGGACAUCCUGCGGAAACCCUCCAAGGAUGAGUCCCUGUUUCCUGCUCGGGUUGUCUACGACCUCCUCUUCUUCUUCAUUGUCAUUAUCAUCGUCCUUAACCUCAUCUUUGGGGUCAUUAUUGACACCUUUGCUGAUCUGAGGAGUGAGAAACAAAAGAAGGAAGAGAUCCUGAAGACCACCUGUUUCAUCUGUGGCCUGGAACGGGACAAGUUUGACAACAAGACCGUGUCCUUUGAGGAGCACAUUAAAUACGAGCACAACAUGUGGAACUACCUGUACUUCAUUGUGCUGGUGCGGGUGAAGAACAAGACGGACUACACGGGGCCCGAGAGCUACGUGGCACAGAUGAUAAAGAACAAGAACCUGGACUGGUUCCCCCGGAUGCGAGCCAUGUCCCUGGUCAGCAAUGAAGGGGAAGGGGAACAGAACGAGAUCCGGAAUCUGCAGGACAAACUGAACACCACGAUGAAGUUGGUGUCCCACCUCACCUCCCAGCUGAACGAGCUCAAGGAACAGAUGACGGAGCAGCGGAAGCGCAGGCAGAGGAUGGGGUUUGUGGAUGUCCAGAACACCAUGAACCACUGAGACACAGCGGCACCUUCACCCACCGAGGGACUGCACCUGUGUGCCAGCUAAGGAGGCUGCUUCUCCCUGGGUUCCAGGCAUGGAUGUCACUGUCUGGGGACGACAGACCACAUGCCAAGGGCUUCCCAGGCAGCAUUUCCCUUAGAGCGCUUGUAAACAAUUCCAGGAGCAGGGACUGGCCGGAUUCCUCCCCACACCUGGGCCCAGGUGUUUCUCUACCGCCCUCGUAGGAAGAUAAAUCAUACAGGACUUUUAUUCCUCAUUGCAACAACUCUUUAUUUUGCAAAUGUGGAGGGUUGUAUCUUUAUCUCCAUGCGCUCCAUCCCCUCGGGUGUGGGGGAAGUAGCUGUAGGGCCGCAAUAUUUAACUUAUUCCGAGUGCCACUAGUCCCUGUGGAUCUUUGCAAACCAGCCAUGGUAUCUGCUGGGCUGCUCCACGCUGAUCCCCCUCCACUUAAAGAAUUCUCUUCAUCAUGUGGUGCAGUAAAGAGGAGCUGAACUCGAGGAGGUGGAUUUAAUUUAAUUAACUCACCAGAUGAGGAGCUGAGCUUGUCCUAGUGUGAACUAGUCUUUUGCCUUCUGUGGACCAAGAGUCUUUGGGCAGCAGUAGUAGGAGCCUGCAGGUUUACAGGAGUUCACUGUGAAGGGGUGUCCUGUGUUUUAGUUUCAUCUCUGGUGUCGUGUUUUACUUUUUUUUUUUAGUUGUUACUGUUGUUACUUAAGAACUGAAGUGUAAAUUGCCUUAACUAAAUUAAAUACAAAAUCAUGUUAUAAUAAAAACUUAAACGUGGUAA